AUGAUUGUUUGUGAAAGGAAUCGAGUGGAUGUGUCGUUGCUAUCCACCUCAUCGAGCGCAUUACCACGAUCGGCGAACGGUGCUCCUCCUCGAUCGGUCAGUAGUGGGGCGAUUUCUACUGCAUGGCGAUCGUCUGGCUAUAACUCGGCGAUCACUGAAGAGCAACAGCAGCAGCAUUGUGCUGAUGACCGACGACCGUUAAUUGAACCGAUGAGACCUAUCGAUGAACCACCUCCACCCUAUGAGGUAGUUGCCGUUUCUUGUUCGUUUUCUCGAAUGGGAAACGAUACAGGGUGGCUAAAGCAAUCAGCUCUUUAA